AAAUUUUUUGUUAUUCCGUCACACACGGACACGGCACGACACCGUACACCAGUAUUCGACUACCUAUAGUAAAGCGUAAAAGAUUGGCCUUUGAGCAUACGCGAAAUUUGUCGCUGCCGUCUUUUUUAGCGGUUUUUUUACUGUACGUGCGCAGUGUUUUAUUUUUUUUUAAUUUCGUCCUCUCCCCACCCAUCUACACCCGCAGUGCGCGCCGGCCCAGUCGAAUUGCAUGUAGCGUAGUCGUACCUGUGCGUCUCGUAGACGAUUUUGUGUUUUCGUCGUAAAUUUUCGUUUUUUUUUUUACUGUUUAUACGUUUUUUUUUGUAAACCCGCGUUCCGCCGCGUUUUUCUCUACCGACGUUGGUCCGCGCGUGUUGAUCUGCCGCCGGGUACGCUCCGUACACGGGUUGAAGAUCGCUGUAGGCAGCGUUCGAGUGCGACGACGACCAGCGAGAACACUUCUCUAGUGCUCUGUGCUGCUAAUUCACCAGUGUUCACGUAGGAGUGCUUCCAUAGCAGCAACAUGCAGACCAUCAAGUGCGUUGUUGUUGGUGAUGGAGCUGUCGGUAAGACUUGUCUGCUCAUAUCGUACACAACAAACAAGUUUCCUUCAGAAUAUGUACCAACUGUUUUUGACAAUUAUGCAGUAACAGUUAUGAUUGGUGGGGAGCCAUACACAUUAGGUUUAUUUGAUACAGCAGGUCAGGAAGAUUAUGAUCGCCUCAGACCUUUGAGUUAUCCACAAACUGAUGUGUUUCUUGUUUGUUUUUCUGUGGUUUCACCAUCUUCAUUUGAAAAUGUCAAAGAAAAAUGGGUUCCAGAGAUAACACAUCACUGUCAAAAAACACCAUUCCUGUUGGUGGGCACUCAAAUAGACCUUAGAGAAGAUGCCACAACUGUGGAGAAACUAGCCAAAAAUAAACAAAAAUCAAUAUCAUUUGAACAAGGAGAGAAGCUAGCUAAAGAACUUAAAGCUGUGAAAUAUGUUGAAUGCUCAGCGCUUACACAAAAAGGACUAAAAAAUGUUUUUGAUGAAGCUAUUCUUGCAGCUUUAGAGCCUCCUGAACCAGUUAAGAAGAGGAAGUGUGUUAUAUUGUAAGGCUGCGGAUAAAUAAACAGGUGCGACAAUUAUGUCAUAAAAAUAUUUAAGAUAAAACAAUUUAAAUCAUGAUUUAGCAUGGAUACAAUAAUGAAAUAAUAAUUAUUUUGUUUUUACUAAUCUAUAAAUAUAUAUAUAUAUAUAAAUAAUUUAUUUUAUAUUUUACAAGAAAAUAUGUGCAUUCAUUGAAUAAUAAAUAAAUAGGUUUUUUAUACGCCAUAAUUAUUUGUGGUUGUUUUUGUUUAUUAUAAUAACGACCCAAUUUAUUUUUAUUUUUAAUUUUUUUUUGUUCUUUUGUCAAUCCUUUUUAUGUAUCAUUUUAUGUUGAUUAAUAUAUUUUUUUUUCUUAAACAUAAUAUUCAUUUGUAACAUCAGUUACUUAUUUGAUGAUUAAUAAUAUUAUUAAGAUACAUUUUAGUUAAUAAUUAUUAUUAACAUUUAUAAUAAAUACAGCCAUAAUAUGAAAAUAAUAUUUUACCACAUUAUGUGUAGGUAGGCUAAUAAACCAAAAAUUAAAAAUUGUAUCCAUUUACGGAAAUAGGUAAAUUGUUGUCUGCCGAAAAUAAUUUUAAAAGUAGACCUAACAGAUAUUUUUUUAAACUAACUUUUUUUACGCUUAAUUGUAUUUCUAUUUUUUUAUAAUUACUGAUUUGUAGACCAAUUAAUUUUAAUACAAUGUUAAGUGAACAACAACUCAAAUGCCUAAAGACCUUUUAUAUGUCUUUGAACUUGCAAAAGUACAAAAUAAUUGUUUAGUCAAAAUUGUACUUUCAAUUGCUUGUGUAUGUUGAACUCUUUUCUUUGCUUUGAAGUGAUGAAGAAUAAUAUGACGUUCAGAUAAUGAUAAUUAUUUAUACAAUCAAAAUGUUUAGAUAAAAAGACUUACUUUUAUUAUAUAUAUUGUCAACCUCUUUAAUAUUUGUUGUAAACUGCAGGUGCAAUGUUUAAAGUUUCAAAUGGUUGUUCAAUUAACUUAAUUAAAUAGACGAGUCUAGAAAUACUUUAUAUAAUAAUGUUCUAGAUGUUAUGGAUCAUCUCAAUGUCACAUUGGUUAAAUAAAAUAUUUAUUUUUAACUGGC